AUGACAGAAAAGAGUGACUUUCUGGAGAAAGAUUCUGAACAUACCUGUGAAGUUGAAAACGGAAUAAGUUCUCCUGUCGACGAACAUAAACUUAACCACGAGCUUUAUUCAGGCAAGGAUGAAAUAAACGACCGAAAUGUUCUUCCAGAACCUACUGAAGGUCUAGGUCUGAAAGCUCAAAAUCGGUAUUUGAAAGCGAAAGUCCGCGUACUAUUAGAAGAAAAUCAAAAGCUCAAUUCACAGAUGGCUCAUCAAAAUGAUGAAAUUGUUCGAAUGAAAAGUCGUAUGCAAGAACUGGAAGAAGAACGUAAUCGGUUACAUCGAGUCACAUCUGCACAUUCAUCUCAAUUAGAGAAAAUGAAAAAAAGCUUGGGCGAAACACGCGUUCACUGUAAUGAACUAGAAACAGAAAAGACUAAUUACAAGAAGGAUUAUGAUUCACUUAAACGUAAUUCUGAUCAGCAAGUUCUCGAAAUCAAAUCUUUGACUACACGUCUUAAUCGUGCAAUUGAAGAAUCUGACCGUUAUAAAGCUGAAUUAGAGAAGAUCCGUUCAUCUACACGUGAGAGCGUUGGAUCUAUGCGUCAUAAUAUGGAUGAUUUAAUGGCUGAAAAUAAGCGAUUAGAAAAGCAAAAAUCCGAGUUAAUUUCAACAUUUAAAAAGCAAAUGAAAUUAAUCGAUAUAUUGCGCAGACAAAAAAUGCUAAUCGAAGCCUCUAAGUGCUUACAAAUCACGGAAGAUGAGUUUCUAAAGGCUCUCGAUUGGUAA